AUGGCAGUGGUGUUGGCCUUUCUCCAAGGACUGUGCCAGAGGUUACAGUCCACCAUUGCAGCAAGUGAUCAGCUUCCACUCGGCGUUGACAACCAGCUGGAGAGACUUCUCAAAGCCUUUCGAGCAAUUCAACUAACUACAGUCGAAUCUGCGGAGAACAAGCAGAGCAAGAGCAAGGCUGUGCGAACCUGGCUCCGUGAGCUUAAAGCAGCUGCAUAUGACGCUGAUGACUUACUAGACUGCUUGGUUUUGAAAGCUCAAGAACCUGAAGUCGAAGCCAGUGGCAGGGAGGUGGUAGACCAGCGCUGCUGUCUUAUCUUUAACUGUGGCCAAGAACACCCUGCCACACAAACAGAACUCAUCAUGAUCCAAGACGUCAGGAGGAGAGUACAAAAGUUAAUGAGAAAGAAGCCUUCUUCUCUUGAUCUUUGUGGACAACCAUCAAGCUACAACAUGAAUCAUGAAUUUGAAGCAAUAGAAGCCACAGCUGCGAAUUCAGGAGAGUUUGGGAGAGGUGAAGAUAAAGAGAAGUUGGUCAAGUUGUUGAAAUCUGAUGAAUCUUCUCAGGUGUAUCUUUCUCUCAUUGCCAUUGUUGGCAGGGAGGGUGUUGGGAAAACAACUCUUGCACGCACUGUCUAUAAUGACAAGGAAGUGGCAAGCUAUUUCAACCUUAAGGUGUGGAUCACAGCAUCCGAAAUCCAUGACAGUGCUAGCCUGUCAACAUCCAUUUUGACUUCAGCUGGAAGUGGAGUACAAGAAAUUUUUGAUGAUCAAUUAGCUGAGGGGCGAUUUCUGCUCAUCUUGGAUGAUGUGAGGAGUGAAAAAAUUGAAUGGGAAGCGGUGUACGAGAAGUUGCAGCUUGCACAAAAUGGCAGCAAAAUCUUGAUCACCACUGAGAAUGAACAAUUUGUUAAUAAGAUGCGACUGUCAUCAACUUGCUACCAUUUGAAGGUCCUUUCCCAUGGAGACUGCUGGUCUCUGUUCAGACAAUGUUCAAAUCUCGGAGCUGCUGCAUCUGAUUUAAGUACCACACAGCUGGAAGAAGUUGGCAUGAAGAUUGCAGCAGAGUUGGAGGGGCUUCCACUAGCUGCCCAGUUACUUGGAUCUCUCUUAUGUUCUAAUGCCAACCUAAAUGACUGGAAGAUGAUCUUAAAUGCUGAAGUCUUGAAGUCUAAACCUGAAGAAUUAUGUGGCAUUCCUGCUGCUCUGUGGCUGACCUAUCAGCACCUGCCACCACAGAUCAAGCAAUGUUUUUCAUACUGUUCAGUUUUCCCUCGAGAUCACAAGUUCAACAAGGAUAACUUAAUUCAAAUGUGGAUGGCCCAUGGCUUGAUUCAACCUCAACCUGGAAGACAAAUUGAGGAAACUGGAAACGAGUAUUUCAUUUAUCUCAUACAAAGAUCCUUAUUACAGAACUCUGGAGGUGAGUACAUGAUGCACAGCUUGGUUCACAGCUUAGCAAUGGCUGUCACUGCAGAUGAAUCGCUUUGCUUAUGGGGCACUGAUAAAUCCAGCAACCAAUGUGAAAAGGUGCGUGCACGCCAUUUAUCACUCCAAUCUGAUAAUCUAGAAAUGUCGGAAAUUUUGGAGUCAUGCAUGCUUAAUAACCUGCGCACACUUCUCUUUUACCGAACAGUUAGCUCUAAUUUUGAAUAUGAUGCUCUGUUUGCAAAGUUGAAGUGCGUAAGGGUGAUUUGUUUGAGUGAUGAAAGAUUAAGUCACUUGCCUGAGUCAAUUGGAAACUUGAAACAACUCAGAUACCUAGACCUUUCUGAGACUGGUAUUUCCACUGUGCCAGAUGAACUGUGUGGCUUAUACAAUUUGCAAACUCUGAAGUUGGGCAUGUCAUUGUCCUGGGACCCUUUAUCCAAGUGCACGCCACAUUUUGUUAAUUUGCGGCAUCUGAAAGGAAAUAGUGAUAACAUCUCAAAGAUUUACAAGAUUGGAAACCUCAAAUUCUUGCAAGAGCUGGCGCAAUUCAGUGUUAUAAGAGAAGAUGGACACAGAAUAGAAGAGCUCAAAGACAUGAAAUAG